GGGUCUUGAGUUGGAACCAGCCUUCAUCAAUGACACGGACAGUGGGAUCCAGGGCACCCCAAGCAAGGUUGCUGAUGACACCAAGCUGAGUGGUGUGGUGUCACGCCCGAGGGAGCGGGACAGGCUGGAGAGGUGGGACCAUGCAAACCUCAUGAAGUUCAACCAGGCCGAGUGCUAGGUCCUGCACGUGGAGCGGAGCAAUCCCAAGCACAAAUCCAGGCUGGGCAGAGAAUAGAUGGAGAGCAGCCCUGAAGAGAAGGGCUUGUGGACUUGGCAGAAACCUCGCUGCUGAACAAACUGAUCCGCACCUCCCUGGUGGAGUCGAGCCACCACGUGGAGAUCCUGCAGCAGGACCCCAGCUCCCCGCUCUUCUCCGUCAAAACCUUUGAAGAGCUGCCCCUGAAAAAGGAGCUUUUGCAGGGGAUUUACAUCAUGGGCUUCAACAGACCAUCCAAAAUCCAGGAGACAGCUCUGCCCAUCAUGCUGGCGUAUCCGCCCCAAAAUCUGAUUGCCCAGAGCCAGUCAGGGACAGGGAAAACGGCAGCUUUUGUCUUGGCGAUGCUGAGCAGAGUUAAUGCCGCUGAGAAACACCCACAGUGCCUCUGCUUGGCUCCCACCUAUGAGCUGGCCCUGCAGAUCGGGCAGGUCAUCGAGAGCAUCGGGCAGUUUUGUGCUGACAUCAAGGUCACGUACGCUGUCCGGGGAAACCCAGUUCCGCAGGGCAGCAUCCGGGAGGAGCAGAUCGUCAUCGGGACGCCGGGGACCAUGCUGGACUGGUGUUUCAAACGGCGAGCCAUCGACAUGAAGAAGAUCACCAUGUUCGUGCUGGAUGAAGCCGACAUCAUGAUCCACACUCAGGGCCUCUCCUGCCAAAGCAUUCGCAUCCAGAGGGCUUUACCCAAGGGCUGCCAGAUGCUGCUGUUCUCCGCCACCUUCAAGGAAACCGUGCGGGCCUUUGCUGUGCAAAUAGUCUCCAACCCCAUUGUGAUAAAGCUGCGGGAGGAAGAGCUCACCCUCAGCAACAUCAGGCAGUACUUCUUCCUCUGCCGCAGCCGGGAGGAGAAGUACCGGGCCCUCUGCAACAUCUACGGCAGCAUCACCAUCGGCCAGGCCAUGAUCUUCUGCCAGACUCGGAAGAGCGCGGAGUGGCUGUCGAUGGAGAUGUGCCAGGACGGGCACCAGGUGGCCAUCCUGACGGCAGAGCUGACGGUAGUCCAGCGGGCCAACAUCAUCCAGCGCUUCCGUGACGGCAAGGAGAAGGUCCUCAUCGCCACCAAUGUCUGUGCCAGAGGGAUCGACGUGCAGCAGGUCACCAUCGUGGUGAACUUCAGCCUCCCCACUGACCAAAAGUGCCAGCCGGAUUUCGAGACCUACCUGCACCGCAUCGGGCGGACGGGACGCUUUGGGAAGAGGGGCAUUGCCUUCAGCAUGGUGGAACGCCAGAACCUGGGGCUGGUGGAGAUGAUUGAGAAGCAUUUCCAGACCAAGAUCAAGCAGCUGGACCCGGACGACAUGGAUGAGCUCGAGAGGCUGCAAAACUGAGUUGGGGGGGCGUGGGAUUUGCUCCCCAAGAUUCGCUUUUCGGUUCAAAAUAGAAAGAAAUAGUUCCAGGAGGGGGGGGCGGGAAUCACCCUCUGCCAGUUCUUGUGUUGCUUCCUAAAGCUGUUUGGGUUUGUUGUGAUGUUUCAGGAGAAGAUGGGGGGAGACCCUCAGACCUAGUCCUUGGUUUGGUUCCUUGUUCUGUCUCUGGUGUUUUGGUAGCCAUGGCUUUUGCGGGGCUCGAGGAAUUCCCUGAGGGGCUUAACAUGGAUUAACGCUCCUCAAAAACGGGUCUAGGGCUCUUGGAGUGGUCAGAAAACAGGUAAGCUGGCCCCAAAAAAUUAUCUCCAGGCAGCAGGAGGGGUGGCGUUCCAGAAAAAUCUCAGAAAAAGCUUUAAUAAGAAAAAAAAAGCCAACGAAAAAACAGGAGAAAGGAGCGAGUUAUAAAAAAAAUAAUAUAUAACCCAGUCUCGCUAGAUGGCAGCAUGAAUCCACUGCUGCCGUCCCUGAUCCCGUCAGGGCACAAAAUUGAGCAUUUUUGACCCAAAAUUUGAGCAUUUGGCGUGAAGGUGGUGGGGUCAGAGAGAGGUGGGACCCCCGCAGGCUGCCUGUCCCCUGCCCCGGGGGGGUUGUUUCCCCAGAGGGUUUAUUGUUGGCUGCUGCUGAGCUAAUCUCUAAUAAAAUGGAUUUAUUUAUAA